GAUGAUGGCUCCCCGCGGCCUGCUGAACCCCAAACUUUACAAAGGCUGUCUGUAGGAGGCCCCUGGCUUUUCCCCUAAUAGGUUCUCCUAUCUUCCCGCUGAUGUUAAUGAUCAGGCCAAAAGCGUAUCUGUUCCAAAAAGUAAGGUUUGUAGCUCGGGCCGGAUACCUUUUGCGGGCGGGGGACCGUUAUCCGCACUCUCAUAUUAUGAACGCCCCAUCAGCUUUGCAACAUUGGGUCGAGAGAUUCGACGCUUAAUCCUGACAUAGUGUCCGUCUCGACCGUCUUCUCUCUCCAUGGCUUCUGACAAGAAUGAUGCCUCAUACGGGGCUCAGGAACUUAGGGCCCUGGUCUCCCAGGCGCUGCACGUUCCAGAGAACUCUAUUCACGAUGGUGACUCCUUUGUCAGUCUUGGGGGCGACUCCUUCAAAGUCGUACGGCUGUAUCAGAAAUGCAUCAGUUUAGGCCUGGAUGUACGCAUCCAAGACAUCCUCAAACGGCCGCUGGGAGAGAUAAUUGCUCUCGCGGAUCGAUCCGGAUGUAAACUAAGCCGAUAUGUCAACAGUGAGCCAGCAAGAUUUUCGCUAAUGCCGUCCGAGUACGACUUUAGCAGGGCUUACAAGCACAUCCAAGAGAAGUAUGGCCUGGCGCCAGAUGCCAUCCAAGACGUCCACCCGUGCAGCCCAAUGCAGGAGAGCAUGUACAUCGGCCAAAAGCUGAGCUCGACGCCCCUCUAUCGGACUCGCGGUCUCUUCUUGGCACACCGCAGACUUGACCUGCGCGACUUUGAAAGGGCAUGGAGCAACGUCGUCCAAAGACACCAGUCGCUCCGGACAGUCUUUGUAGAAACUUCGGACCCAAGCUCGGGUCGAGCUCUGGAUGCGGUCAUAUUGGAGAAAUAUCCAUCCGCCGUGACAGUGACGACCGACGCCGGCCAUGUCCAUGAGAUUGUCGAGAGAUUCCAUAACAAGCCCUGCCAGGCGACUUCGGACCGCACUGAACCAAACGAAUCGCGGCAUAAAGUCACCGUUUACAUCUCCGGCGGCCAGACACUUGUUGAGUUCGAUCUAAGUCAUUUGUCAAUAGACGGAGAAUCAUUAACGAUACUCGUCAAUGAUCUGACGAGAGCGCUCAUCGGCCAGAAAGUCGACAAGCCAGCCCCAAGCUACCGGAGGUACAUCGACUAUCUCCAGAACCAGGCUGAUGAAGAUGCUGCGCUCGACUACUGGGUGGAGUACUUGGACGGCGCCGAGCCGUGCUGCUUCCCGGCCAUGAACGACAACAGCGCCGGCGACGAGGGCUCGUCUCAGGUGAUAGAAAUCAUGCCUGCCGUCCACGGUGAGACACUGGAGCUCAUUCAGGCCUUCUGCCGUGGCGCCAACACAACCGUGUUCGGCGCGUUACAGGCGGUAUGGGCCCUCGUCCUCUACGCGUACACGGGAGACGACGACGUGUGCUUUGGCUACCUCUCAUCCGGACGGGACCUUCCCAUCAGCGGUGCUUUCGACAUUGUCGGACCGAUGAUGAGCCUCCUCGUGUGUCGGGUGCGAUGCGUGGCAAAGAGGACCGUCGGUGACCUCGUCGACGCCGUUAGGGAUGACUUUGUCAACGCGAUGCCGUACCAGUGCUACUCUCUAGGCAAAGUGCGACGGAUACUGGGCAUGAACGAGACGUCGAGGCUGUUCAAUACGAUUGUGACAGCCUACCACUCCUCGUCAACCCCGGUUGUCAACGUCGGGACCGACGGUGAGGUUCUCAAGAUGCUCGCCAGAAGCAACACCUCCGAGUUCGACCUUGUGCUCAAAAUUGUCGCCUCGGACCGCGACCUGAGCAUAAGGCUCGCCUACGCCACCGCCACCCUGUCUCGAGCUAUGGCCGAGAGGGUCUCGCAGACCUUCUCCGCCUUCCUCGAAAGGCUUAUUAGAGUCGGUCGCACUGCGGGCUGCCACGUAAGUCGUAUUAUUGGAAUCGGUCCUCGUGACGCGCGUCAGAUCUCCGCCUUGAACUCUGUCACCAGCGGCCUGUGUACCGAGGCGGCGUGUGUCCACGAGCUCAUCGAGCGGCAGGCGCGCCUACGGCCAGCAGCGCCCGCCAUUUAUGCCUGGGAUGGCGAGAUGAGCUACCGGGAACUGGAUGAGGCGGCCGACAUCGUCGUGCGUCAUAUUGCGAGCCUCGGUAUAGGGCCGGGAGCGUACAUUGCUCUUUGCUUCGACAAGUCCCUGUGGUAUUCUGUCGCGCUUUUGGGCGUCUUGAAGAGCGGCAACGCCUUUGUGCCCAUUGAUGUCGAGAAUCCUACAUCACGCAGGCUGGAAAUCCUGCAGCAACUGGGCAUUGGCGGGAACUCGGGCCUAGUCAUUUGUUCGAGCAGCCAGGCUUCAUCCUUGAAGCAUCUCAGCGGACAUGUGCUUCAAUUACCUUGUGCGAAGCUCGACGCCGAGCUGCGCUCGCCCUCUCUUCCAGUGUCUGUUGACCAUCCGGCCUAUGUCAUCUUCACGUCGGGUUCUACCGGAACACCCAAGGGUGUCAUUGUGGACCAUCGAGCAUACACAUACGCUGUCCAUGCUCACAGCGGCGGCAUUCGUAUCGAUCAGGACUCCAGGGUCCUCCAGUUUGCCUCGUACGGCUUUGACACCAGCAUUGAAGAUCAUCUGACCACGUUGGCUGUGGGUGCCUGCUUGUGCGUGCCCUCGGACGAAGACCGUCAUACUCUCCUGGGCCUCGCAUCUUUUGCUCGUAGCUCUGGCGCCAACUGGGCGCACCUCACGCCGUCCUUUGCCGCCAUGCUGCCCCCCUCCCUCCUGCCGACGAUCCGCUACAUGGUUCUCGGCGGCGAGCCGAUGACGGGGGAUAACAUUCGCAUCUGGUCCUGCCCAUCUCCCGGACCGCAGCUCAUUCAGGUCUAUGGACCGUCCGAGUGCUGCGUGACAAGCACCAUCACCCAGCCCGUACUCCCUGACAGCGACCCAACCGACAUUGGCACCGCGCUGCCCGGCUGUAAAACAUGGAUUGUCAAGCCCAGCGACCCGGACAGUCUCCAAGUGGUCGGAGCUGUGGGCGAGCUGCUAGUCGAAGGCCCAAUUCUUGCCAAGGGCUAUCUCGGUGAUGCCGAGCGGACUAGCAUUGCCUUCGUCGAGGGCCUGCGCUGGGCCCCCGACAAGAGACUUUAUCGAACGGGCGACCUGGUGCGGUACGACUCGGCCGGACACCUGCACUUUGUCGGUCGCCGGGACACUCAGGUCAAGCUCCGCGGUCAGAGGAUAGAGCUUAGGGAGAUCGAGCGGCGGUUGGCACUCAACCCUUCGGUCCAGCACUGCCUCCUCCUUGUCCCCGGAUCAGGACCAUGUGCAGGGCGGCUCAUCGCCAUAGGAAGCCGAAACGCCCGACAUGAAAACGCGCCCCCCGACGUCUCGGUUCUGCCGUUGUCCAUUGAACUCUGCGAGGAUACGCCUUGGCUUGACCGCGUCGACGAUUUGAGGAGCUUUCUCGUCGAGAGGCUUCCCGCGUACAUGAACCCGGACAUCUGGGUGCUUGUCCGAGCCAUUCCAAGGAAUUCAUCAGGCAAGCUCGAUAGACGAAAGGCAGCCCGAUGGCUCGAGGGUCUCGCGACAGAGGACUUCUCGCACCUAAUCACGCUGCAGGAGAGGGAGUCCAAAGAAUACCAGCCCACCGAACAGGAUUUUACCAUGCGGCGCAUCUGGAGUGAGGUCUUAAAUAUUCGGGAGGACGACGUGGGCUGGAACACGUCCUUUUAUCAUCUGGGCGGCGAUUCCAUUUCAGCCAUGGCACUCAGUAGCUUGGCGCAGCGUGGAGGCGUGGCCACGUCUCCCGCCGAUAUCCUCCGGCACAAGACCAUCAUGAACAUCACGAGGGCAGCUUCGAAAAGACAACCGCCGCGGAGUGACACCGACAAGUCAGCCGCAAGUACAGACUCUUCUGCAUCCGAGUUCGUACCGUUAUCGCCUAUACAGCGAUUGCACUUUGAAGCGUCACCUCAGGGGGACUCGCUUGAUCAACAAAGCGUGGUGAUGCAAGUCACAAAGGAAUUGGACCAGAAAGAGCUCCUCAGAGCCAUAGACUCUGUUUUUGAAGCGCACCCCAUGCUACGUGCCCGCUUCGAGUGUCAUGACGGUGUGUGGAAGCAGCGGCUGCCUCCCAGCUCUGCCUCAGCCGCAGCCCCCGCCGAUACUCACGACUACCGGGCCCGCUUCCACAAUCGAGAUGAGCCUGGUUAUGUUCUGGAGUGUAUUGCCGAGUCGCAGGCGUCCAUUGAUUUCGUCCACGGCCCGCUAGCGGCCUUUGAUGUGUUCAAGGACGAGACCCAGACUCUCUUAUCGGCAACGAUCCACCACUUGGUCGUUGAUACCGUCUCGUGGCGGAUACUAUUUCGGGAGCUGGAAGAAUUUCUCAAAGACGGGACACGCCCGGCACCCGAGGCCACCCCGUUUCAGGCAUGGUCCUCAGCGCAAUGUGAGUUCGCGUCUGAAUUGGAUCCGCAACGUGUCCUGCCGGCCCACGAAGAGACUUUGGCAGUGGAUUUGGGAUUCUGGGGCAUGGAUGGCAAAGAAAACACGCAUUUUCAUGUGACGUCCCGUGACUUAUAUGUCGAUGAGCGUCGCUGUGUGCCACGGAGCGGAACUGAGCACGGUGACAUUGAUAUCGUCUCUGCUGUCUUGGAGUCGUUUGAGAAGGUGUUCGGACGCCACCCCAUCCUUUUCCAGGAGGGUCAUGGCCGAGAGCCGUUCGCUCCCCAUCUGGAUCCAUCAAGCACAGUUGGCUGGUUCACAACCUUUUGCCCAGUUGUCGUCCCCAAGUGUCGUGAUGACAUGACCAAAAUCGUCCACGAGGCCAGGUUGCGCACGCCACUUAACGGCCUGGCGUACUUUGCUUCGCGGUUCCUCAGCGAGGACGGUGCCAAGGCCUUUGGAAACCGUCACUCGCCGAUGGAAGUCACGCUCAACUAUCUGGGAUCGUUUCAGCAGUUCCAGAGGAGCGACUCGGUCUUCAGACGGUGCGGUCAAGAAUUGACCGACAAGGUAUCCAACAUAAGGCGACGUAAGCGAGGGCACGCUUCGAGAUACGCCCUCAUUUCCCUAUUAGCAGUCCCAGGAGAUUGCGGGCUGCGCAUUCACGUCGAAUGGAGCACGCACAUGAGGCACCAGGACAAGAUCAACGAAUGGCUAUCUCAACUGGAAGAGAAUCUACGACAAACCCAUCUCUGCGGCCAGCCCAUGCUAGAAUCCCCUGGACGCAGAGCGCCUUUUGGUACUCCGAUGCCCUCUGCCUUCGGCAUGAAACGCAGCCAGGUUGAAGCCGUACUAAUGCUAGCCGAAUCCAGGCUGGGGCUUGAACCCAGCCAUAUAGAAUCUGUAUACCCCUGCUCUCCGCUCCAGAGCAGCCUGAUUCUCUCGCAACUGAAGAAGCCAGGCACUAACGACUAUGAACAACGCUUUAUCCUCAAACUCUCACGGAGGAACGGAGGGCUCGUCGACCUCGAUAGGUUGACGGCCGCUUGGAAGCGGCUCGUCGCAUCCCAUCCCAUCAUGCGCACCAUUUUUCUUGAGGACAUGUCGGGAACCUUUAUACAGGUCGUGUUGCGGUCCGUGGAUGUCCAAGUUGAACUUCUCCCCACGAAAGAAGACGCAUCGUCUCUCUGGGCGACCUGGGAUCCGCGCCUCCGAUGCCCCGGACCUCUGGGUGGCAGCGUGCAUCACAGGCUCGGCAUCCGCGUCGCCGCCGACGGAUCUGUCUACUGCCUGCUGGCCAAAAACCACCUAAUCACGGACGGCACAACAUCUCGACUUUUGUUAAUUAAUCUCAUAGCUGCAUAUGACGGCGCACCACUGGGCGAGACGUACACAUUUGCAACCUAUGUCGACUACACUUGCCAACAAGACAAACGGGCUGCCGUUCGAUAUUGGACUACCUACCUUGAGGGCGCCAGGCCUUGCUGCUUCCCCCGCCUACGGACAUGUUUGCCACAGAGAGAUCAACCGAACGAGUUCGUUCGCGCGAGCGGCGUCGUGCCGGAUACAUCCCUCGUCGACAUGGUAUCCAGGAAGCUUGAGGUGACCCGCGCGGCAGUCUUCCAGGCAGCUUGGGCGACGGUUCUGUCGGUGUAUGUCGGCCGUGACGACGUAGUCUUUGGGCUCCUCUCUCACGGAAGAAGCAUUCCGGUUACUGGCGCUGCAAAGAUGAUUGGCCCGAUGGCCGGUAUGGUGCCGAUGAGGGUCCGCAUCGAUGGGAGGAGGACCGAGAUGAAGGAGGUGGUGAACGCUGUGCACCACGACAACAUAGAGCACACCUCCCAGGAGCAUGCGCUCCUGUCACUGGCUGAGAUACAGCACACUUCUGAUUACAAGGGGGGAGCUAUGUUCAACACGAUACUCAACUACCAAAAAAGGAGUCGAGGUGACGCCUUCGCGUCUGGUAGCCUUAGAUGUGAGCUGGUCUUUUCGCGCGACACGAGCGAGUUCGAUGUUGCCGUUUCCGUGACCCAAGACGGCGACGACGAUGGCUUUCGCGUCACCAUUGAGUCACCAGCAUACUUCAUGUCCAAGAUUCAGACAGAGCGUCUUCUGGCAGUAUACCUCCAAGCUGUUCUGCAAAUAUGUGUUGGGCUUGACCGGCGGCCCCCUGAUCUCGAACUCUCCACCACGCUCGAUAUGCAGCAGGUGGUGGAAUGGAACAAAGCAUCGUCGCAGCUAGAGACCAGCCGUCGUUGCAUUCAUGGUAUGAUUGACGAGACGGCAGAUCGCCAGCCUUCAAGCCCGGCCAUCUCAUCUUGGGAUGGCGAACUCUCGUACGCGGAACUGAACGACCUGUCUAAGAGGCUGGCGUCCCGUUUGCAGACUCUGGGCACCAGACCGGGGGCCGUGGUGGUCCUGUGCUUCGAGAAGUCUCUCUGGGCCGUCGUGUCCAUGUUAGCAGUCGCCAGGUCAGGAGCGGCCUUUGUGCACAUCGACCCUGCAGGGCCAUCUAAAAGAAUCGAGUCCAUCGUGGGACAGACGAAGCCGGCGCUGGGCCUCGGGUCGGUGUCUGGUUACGAAAAGCUCUCACGCCACAUUCGGCCGGUCAUCGUUGUUGACCGAAGCCUAGUAGAGGGAAUCCCCUCCGUCAGCAACGUCUCUGACGUGGCCGUUGAUCCCGGAAGCGUGCUAUAUAUCUGCUUCACUUCCGGCACGACCGGCACGCCCAAAGGGGUUGUGAUCCCGCAUGAGUCCUUCUGCUCCGCUGUGGCAUCCAACAGCUCUGAGCUACAAAUCACAGCCGAGUCGAGAGUGCUUCAGUUUACGCACUUCUGCUUCGACGCGUGCCUCGAGGAGACUUUUACAGUCCUCGUGGCUGGCGGCUGCAUUUGCAUCCCAUCAGAGGAGGAGAGAAUCUCAGACCUGGCAGGAUUCGGAGUGCGGAAGAGUGUAAACUGGGCCGCAUUUACGCCAUCUCUGCUACGCACCCUCAACCCGGACGAGCUGGCGUCAUCGGUGCGCUUCAUCACUGUCCACGCCGAACCCAUGUGCGGCGACCUCGUCAGCCGCUGGGCGUCAAAGGUGCACAUGAGACCGUCUUACGGUCCGACCGAGUGCUCCGUCACCAGCACUGUCGGCGCACGAAUGACAGCCUACUCGGAUCCCGCCAAUAUCGGCCGCCCUGUUGGGUGCCACGCAUGGAUCGCGCACCCGGAAAACCACAGGAUUCUGGCCCCUGUUGGGGCCGUGGGUGAGUUGCUCCUAGAAGGUCCUAUAGUUGGCAAGGGGUACUGGGGAGACCAGGCCAAGACUGACGCGGCCUUUGUUGAACCACCGGACUGGUGGGGUCGCGUUGUAGACUCUGAGCCAUUCAGGUCUCGACGGAGGGUUUAUAAGACUGGGGACUUGGUGAGGUACGCCGAAGACGGCAGUUUGCUUAUCCUAGGACGCAAAGACGACUCCCAGGUCAAGAUCCGUGGGCAGCGGGUGGAGCUAAAGGAAAUACAACACCAUAUGGAUAACCUGCCAGGCACAGUGCGGUGCAGCAUGGCGCUGGUGCCGGUCUCCGGGAUAUUGAACGGUCGACUAGUGGCCGUUGCGAGUAUUGAGGCUCUGCAAUCGGACGGCGAUACUGGCUGCGGCGGCCUUUCGGUGUUCACAAAGAACGAACUAGGCGUCGAGGGCUUGCGGGUGAUACAGGAUGCAUUGGACGAAAUCACGACGUUCCUAGCGGACCACCUCCCGAGAUACAUGAUUCCAGACACUUGGCUUUUUGUCAAAAGUCUGCCGGUACAGACUUCGUUCAAACUCGACCGUCAGCGGGUUGGCAACUGGGUAGCUGGCUUGGAUCGUGAGACGAUGGAGGCUGCACUCGAGGUGCAGCGUAAGGAAGGGUCCAAGGGACAGCGCGGCACAGCUACCGAGGAGAUUAUCCGUAACAUAUGGGCAAAUGUGCUUCGUACAGAGGCUGAUUCGAUAGGACUUGACCAGUCCUUCUUGAGGCUCGGAGGCGACUCUAUUCACGCAAUCGAAACCGUGCGUCUCUGUAGGGAAGCAGGACUCGACAUAUCGACUUACGACGUCCUCGCUAACCCGACCGUCCGAGGCUUAGCCGUCGUCUUGGCCGAAAUUGCGAGUCGAAAGAAGGUACCUACGCCAUCACAGUCGCUCGAGGUCCGCAUCGGGUUGUUGCCGUCAUCGACGGCGAACAUGCCGCAGAGAGGAGUCGUUCAAGAAGACAACGUAGAAGCCGUGUUGGCCUGCACGCCGCUCCAGCAAAGAAUGUACACCGCCUUCUUCCAGAUGGCACAGAAGCCCUAUCUCGUCAACAACCUCGUGUCGCUCGGCUUGUUGGACAAUGACGGCGUCGCCGCGGCGUGGCAGCGCCUCGUUGACAGGCACGGUAUCCUGAGGAGUGUCUUCGUCGAGGACCCUCAGUCCGGGCAUGUCUACCAAAAGGUCCUGAAGAAGUGGGAGGCCGAUAUCACGUCUUGCUCUGUGCGGUGCGAGGCCGACGCCGUAGAGCACAGCAGGCGCCACGUCCAAACGGCCCGCACGAGUUUCCUACGAAACAAUUUGCCACCCUGGUCGAUUUGCAUCUACUCCCUUCCCAGCGGCAUUUUGUUGGCACAUCUCGUCUUUGGGCAUGUCCUGCUCGACCACGUCAGUCUGUAUCACCUAUUGGCUGACUUCGGAGCCCUCGCCCACAGCCAGACUCCGGCCCCGGACCCGGCUCCGGCCCCACCCGGCUUCGGUACGUACACACGCUACCUCGAGAAGACGCGUCAUCUGGACAAUGGAAACGCGUACUGGACAGUACAACUAAGGGGUGUCGAACCGUGCUGCGUUCCUGUCGAGCCUGCAGCUACCGCCGUCGGUCAAGGGGACUCGCAUGCCACUGGGAUCGUCCGGUUCUCGGUUCCGCUGACGGGAGCGGUGCACGAGUUCUUGCGUGAAACCGAGACGACACUCUCGAAUCUGCUGCAGCUAGCGUGGGCGAUGCUCCUGCAUCUUUACCUGGAUGGGCGGCAGUGGGUGUUAUUUGGGCAUCUCGUGUCUGAUCGAGACAUUCACUUGCCGCAGGCACAAGAAAUUGUAGGGCCAAUGUUGGCAAUGAUGGUGACACGCGUGGAGCUGAAUCAAGACAUGCGGAUAGAAGAGGUUAUCGGCAGCCUCCAGUCCGAGUUUGCUCGAGGACUUCAACACCGGACCUUUGACCUGACGGUCGUUGAACGGGAGCUCGGGCAUAGGCGGGGAGGGUUAUUCAACACCAUGUUCAACUAUCGCAAGGUCAAGUUUGUCGGCCAUGCAAGCAUCAAGGUCCGUUCGAUUUGGAGCCAGGACCCCCACGAGCAAAUUCUGGUCCUCGCCUUCAACGACGGGGUUGUGGGGCUAGACGCUAGCAUCACAUUUUACAAGUCGCUAUAUACGGAGGCCACAGUGAGGGCCAUCAGCAAGUGUUAUUGCCGGAUAUUAAAUGAGCUGAUACUGGAUCGCCGGGCGACGGUGGGAUCCAUCAGGCGGCGGGUGGGCUCUUUUGCUGUGUAAGGUCGCCGACAGAAGGCGGCAGUAACAGUAUUCUACAACCACUUCCAACGUAGGGAAGGCUUGACAGUUGUUUGGAGAGCUUAUACAGGCUCUGAGAUACGGUAGGAUCUAGACCC